AUGCUUCGGCGCCGCGAGGCCCGCGGCGACCGCCACAACGGCACGCGUCUGACGGAGCAAAACGCUGCUCACGAGCCAGACGGCACUCCUCUGGGCCUCCCGGAGGAGGAGGAAGAGGAGGCUGAGGCGGCGGAGGAUGGCAACAGCGACGAAGGCCUUCAGAGUGGAUAUCCGGGUGGAGCGGACGAGUGGGAGGAGAUCUUCGCCUGCCCCCUCAGCAUCCGCUUCACGCAGGACAAAAUCCACCCCUUCUUCUACCGUCGCGGGCCGAUCGUCAACGUGCUUCCCAAGAUCCAAGCCGUCCCGAGCCAUGCGGCCAACGGUGACGAGGUGCUGGACCUGGUGCCUCCCUUCGCGCCCAUCCACUGCCUUCAGAAGGCCUCUUUGUGCCGUAACUCUAGAAGUUCCGGCGGGCCAUGGCGGAUGCGUGUGCGCUCAGCGAUCUCGGUGCUUGGGAUGGGCAACGGCUUCGGCGGCUUCGGCGGCUUCGGCGGCUUCGGCCCCGGGCCUGCGCACGCGGCCUUGGCAGCUGGUGAACGGACGCUGAGCUCGAGCUCAUCCUCGGCGAGCUCUUUCUCCUCCGUCUCACUUUGCGUGCCUGCCCAGCUCACGGAGGCCGUCUACACUGCCCUCGCUGAGGCAGACUGCAUACCUCGGCGUUGGCACCCUGAAGGACGCGAAGGAAUCUCCAUCCAGGCAGUACCGGAGCAGCCUGCGAAGCGGCUGUUGCCGCUCUUGGAGGGGUCGCAAGACAGGCUUCCUGGGCUGGUGUCGGCGCUGCUGUCGGAGGGCCGGGCGGAGCUCGUGAGGAAAACGACGAAGUGGCGCAGCGGGCCUGGCUCAAGGCGCCAGGCGAAAGACCUGGCGAUACCUUUCCUGAGCCCAGAGGCUCCGGGUGGUAGCUUCCGCUUUGCGGAGCUCUUCGCGGGGAUCGGAGGCUUUCGGCUUGGGCUCGAGAGCCUCGGCGGCCGCUGUGUCUUUGCCUCGGAGAUCGACGUUUUCACUCGGGAUCUCUACACGCUGAACUUCGGAAAUCGCCCGGAAGUCCUUGGAGACAUACAGCUGAUCCAGGAGGAGGACAUCCCGCCGCACGACCUGCUGGUGGCAGGCUUUCCGUGCCAGCCCUUUUCCGGGCUGGGUGAGCAGCCUGGUUUGGAGGACCCGAAGGGCCGGGGCCUCCUCUUCCGUGAGGUCUGCCGGGUCUUGAGAGCUCGUCAGUGUCCGCUCUUCCUUCUCGAGAACGUCCCCGGCCUGGCAGAGACUGAUGAGGGUAAGGCCUUGAAGGCUAUCAAGGAAGAGCUGACGGCUUGCAACUACGAUGUGGUCUUGAAGACGCUGAACGCCAAGGCCUUCACGGCGCAGUCUCGGAAGAGGAUCUUCUUCAUCGGCUUUCGCCAGGACCUCGGCCUGGCUAAGCCGGCCAUCUCUGAGAUUUUUCCAGACUUGGGCUUGCGGGCGAGGGACAUCUUUGAGCCGGAAGAAGAGCUGAGAGCUUCUGAGCCUGAGCUGCUCUCUGCAUACACGCUUUCGGAGGAGCACUUCCGAAAGCUUCAAGGCUGCAAGAAGUGGUCCAGGCGGGGUGGCAUGACCGACACCCUGGCUUGGGGAGACAAGGUCUGCUCCACCUUGGUUGGCCACUAUGGUACCAGCAUUCCGAGGGGCAACUCGCAGUUGGUCCCACGGCCAGCGCCCCACCUUCCACGUCGCUUCAGCCCUCGGGAGUGUGCGAGGCUCAUGGGCUUUCCCGACAGCUUCAAGCUCACGGAGUAUUCCGAGAGUUCGGGUCAGCCGGCCGUGUGGUUCCGCAGACUCUACAAGAUGUUCGGGAACAGCGUCUGCCCGCCCUUGGUGGCUGCUUUGGCCGGCGCCAUGUUGGACCACGCCGCUUGGGGCGGAAAGGGAAAGGCCUGGUCAGAGCUCGGUCGCUCGGCCGCUCUCGGCCUGGCCUUGGGCUCUCUGGCUCCGGGCCCUCGCCAGGAACUCCAAAAGGCUCUCCAUGCCUCCUGGCGCACCGCGGAAAGCAGCGGCCAAGUGAAGAAAAAAGAGCGCCUCGAGCUCGAACUUACAUUCAGCGGCACGCAGGGGACCGAAAAAGGCGAUGACCUCUGGUCGAUGGACAAUCGCCGCCUCUACGCGCUGCAGCUCACGGCCAUGGACCUCUGGCCGCGGCGCUGCCGGGUGCGCUGCCUGCGCAGGGAGCGGCUGCCCCGGCACAAGUUCAAGACCCAGUACCGGAAGUUCAACACGACGAGCUCGGGGCGAUGCAUCGAUGUUUGCACCAGGUACCAGCAGUUCGACACCUGGAGCUGGUACGAGCGGGCCCUCGAAAUCGAGGGGUACUCGCUGUCCCGGCGGCUUGGGUCCAUGCUUUGCAUCUUCGAGGCGGCUCCGGUGCUCGGGGCUUUGCUCUUCCGCAGCGGCCUCACAGGCUUCGAGUCCCGCCGGCCCCUGGUCCUGGGAUUCCUGCUGGCCUUUGGCGUGGACUUCCUGAGGCAGCAGGUGCCAGUCUUUGAGCGCGCGCUCUCCGACCUCCAGGUCAGGGCCAUCAUGGAUGGCGAAGCGCUGCAGAUGACCUCCUGGUGGAAGAAAGAGGGGGAGGAGCCGUGCGGCGUCUGCCCGGCGCAGUUGGCGGCCACCAUGGCCGUGGCCCUGGUGCUUCUGCUGCCGUACAUCCUCGGGGUGGCCCGUGACAAAGUGCGCUCCUCGCUCCUCUCGUGCUGGUUCGGAAUCGCUUUCAUGCUGACGCUGCAGCUGGCCUCCGUGGGCUGGAAGUUGUGGUCCAGAGGUCGCUCGGCUGCUGCGGUCCCGCUGGGCGGAGCGAAGGAAGUAGAGGAGGCGGAGGACGAGAGGACGAGCGGAAGCCGCAACGAGGCAAAUCGCGAGGACGAGGCCAAGGCUACGGCGGCUACGGCGGCGGCGACGGGCUCAUAG